AUGCCGUGCGAACAAAAAGACAUAGAUUUCGAUUCGCUGCUGAACCUAGAAAACCAGUACUACCAGGAAGGGUUUCUUGAAGGGCAACUGGAAGGGUCGAAGCAACAGUUUUUGGAAGGAAAGCAGAUCGGCAUUCAGACCGGUUUCCAGCGUCUUCUAGUUCUUGGCCAGUAUAAAGCACUAGUCGCAAUAUGGAUCGAUCAAACACAGCAGAAAAUCGACGCCGGUGCCACAACGGAUGACAAGGGUAAACCAAGACAGUUCUCCAAACUAUUACAGAGUCUAACCGAGCUGCAAAUGCUUAUUGACACUCUCUUUGAGAAUGGUCGAGCACAGGUUACGAAUAAUGAUUCCGACGUUGAAAAAUACGAGAACGUUCUCAAGCGAGCUCGUGCCAAAAUGAGAUCUGUUUGCCCCAUUUUUGGGGAAAACUACAAUGACAUCGAGGAGAUCGCAAUGAAGGUGGGAGGAACAAUACAAACAGAGCAGAAAGAUGAAUGGUGA